AUGGAAGACACUCAAAAAGAAGCUGAACAAGCAAUCACUUUCUCAGAAGCAGAACUUACAACAAGAGAUGAGCUUGCAUUAGAUGGCCCAUCUAUUAAAAAUAAUAACAAAAAGAACAACCCUCCUCAAGAGAAUACAUCGUCAGCAAUUCCAAUAGAAAAAGACUUUACAACUAUAUCCUACAAGAGGAAAAAAAAAACAAACAAAUCAAAAUAUAC